AUGCAUUUUUUCGGUCAUGAGGAAAUCAACCUUCUUGAAGUAUAAUAUUGUGAAUUUAAUCCUCUAAGGCUGCUUAGGAUGGAAAACUGGAAUUUAUAUAGUAGUAAUUAGCAUCAUUGGCAUCGAAAUCACUUUAAGAAGCUUGUAAGAAAUCUGAUUAUUAUGGCAGGAAUGCUUUACAUUAUGUAAAGAAAUGUUUUAUAUAGGCUGCAUAUAGAGGACAUUAUGAAGUAGUAGAAUACUUUCUAAAUUUACAGUGUUUGGAUUUGAAUUCCACCGAUAAAUAAGGUAAUUUAAGAGUUCUAAUGAUUUGAUAGGGAAUUCUGCCCUUAUGUUGGUCUGCGUGAGAGGAUAUAAUCAAGAUUUUGACGAAUCAGUAGAACAAAGUGAUCAUGCGGAUUGUGAUUUUAGAAAAUACAAAAUAGCAAAGAUGUUAUUGUAGAGAGGAGCUAGCUUAUAAAAUUAUUUGAAAGAUCACAUCAACAAUCCAUUGCAUUGGGCUUGCUAUUUUGGAGAUUUGAAACUUGCUUAAUUAUUAUUGUAUUAUAAUCCGGAAUUAAGUAAAAUUAAUAUGUAAAAUAGUGUUGAGGAAAAAUGAUAGACAUUAAUUUCCAAUUGAUAUUGCCUUGACUAACGGAAAAGAUCCAGAACGGUAAAAGUAAGUAGUAAAAUACUUAAUUGUGAAAUUCUUAGCCCAUUUCUUAAAUAGUGAAUAAUAAAUAAUCUAACUAUAAGAGUUGAAUAAAGAUUUGGACUUUGGUGAUAGAGAUAUAAUAUCAGAUUCUAAUCAUAAUUGUUAAAAGAUGGAUCGAAAAAUUUAUGAGAGCGUAGGUUUGAAUUAUUUAUUUUGGGCCAGUGUUCUUGGAGAUGAGGACUUAGUGAUUCCUUUUUUAAAGUAAUAAUUUUCUGCUUUUGCACCAUCAUAUAAGGGCAGAAAUGCAGUUCAUGCAGCCACAUACUAAGGACAUGAAAAAUUAGUGCAUUUGUUUUUUGAGUAAAGUUAUAGUGAAAACAAGAAAAUACAAUCCAAAAAAUUAGUAAAUCUAAUGACAAUUGAAAAACCUUAAACGGCAUUGCAUAUUGCAGUUGAACAAGUAUAUACUAUAUAUUAGAAUUUUAGAGACAUGAAAAUAUCGUGAACUACUUAAUUAAAUUAGGAGCAGAUCACAAUAUAUAUAAUUUCAGAAACCAAGCAGCAUUUGCUUCAUCGAGAUCUACUCGAAUCAAAGAACUUAGACAAACAUUGUUAUAAACAGAAAAGAAUCUAAUUAGGAGUGGAUACAAAUACGUGCUUGUUGGAACAAAUAUGAGUGCAAAUUUAGUCAAAUAACAAUUAAAUAAUAUUAAGGAGAAGGUGACAGUUGGUAAGUUCAAGGCAGUUCCUCUUAAAUCAUAUAAUGAAUCCUGCAUUUAUUAUAUAAUAAAGGUGUAAAGCCAACUAAAGAAUGAAGUGGCUCAUAAGGAGAAAAUGAUGAUUUAUAAUUUCACACAUGGAAUUAUCUGUCCUUUCAAUAAAAAUAAAGCCUAUAUGUAUGAAAACUUUCAUCAUUAUCAUGACUAAUAGAUCAUUUUAACCUUAUUAUAUGACGAAUUCAAUUUGGAUUAAUUUAUGCAUGAUUAACUAUUAUUAGAUCAUUUCCCAUUACAUGAUGAAGAAGAAAAGAAAUUGUUAUAUAAUCAAUGGAAAUGCGAGAAAUGGGACCUGCUGAAGGAACCUUUAUCAUUUGACCAAAAUAGAUGUAGAACUCCGAGUGCAAUUAAAGCAUACUUUGGAUCUGAAGGAGGGUUUUUCUUUGUGUUCUUAAGUUUUUUUACAACUUGGCUAUUCUUACCUGCUAUUCCUGGUAUAAUGCUUGGAGUAUAUAUUUAUUCAACCAACAGAUUUGAUACUUUAUUUGUCCCAAUAUACACAAUUGCAUUGGCUGUUUGGGCUACUAUUUUUUUUGAAUUUUGGAAGAGGAAAUAGAGUGAGACAAUGUUUUAAUUUGAUAUGCAUGUAGAAACAGAACAUAAGAAGAAAAUACAAUCAUUUUAAGGUUAAUUUUGGAUAGAUGAUGUUACACAUAAGAUCGAAAUACAAUACUCAAAGAGGGACAAGUGGAAGUAUUAUAAGACUUCCUUUCCAUUAGUACUUUUGGCUGUCAUUAUGAUUGCUGGGGAAUAGAUUGCCUAUCAAUACAUUAUCUCACUCUAAUAACGAACCACUAAUCAGACUAUUAUUUGUUCUAUAGGUUUAGGGAUCUGUAUUAAGAUUACAAAUGAGAUUUUCAAUUAUUUUGCUAAAUUAUCAAUGAAAUACGAAAAUCAUCAAUAUCAGAAUGAAUUGGAAGAUGCCUACAUUAUUAAGGUAUUUUCAUUCUCAUUCUUAAACUCGUUUGUAAGACUCUUCUAUAAAUCCAUCAUAGAUCCUGAUGCUGAUGAACUCAAUAUAAUGUCAAUAACUUUGACGAUUGUUUGGGCAAUUGUCCAUUUAACAAGAUUUACAAUAAUACCCUUAAUUAAACAUCAAAUUAGAAGUUAUUUUCUAAAUACUGAAUAUGAAUAAUACAUGUUAAAAAAAUGGAAAAAGACGUUUGUGUCAUAAGUAGCAAGUGUUUUAGAUAAUAAUACUGAAAAUUAAGUAAAUAAAAGUUUUGAUAGAAGUAGCAUGAGUGGUAAAAGAUUUCUUAAAACAGUUGAAUAAAAUCGGAUUAUGAUGCCCACACCUAAUCAUAUUGAUCAAUUCACAUAUUUUGUAAUUUUAUCCCACUAUCUCGAAGAUUAUUCAAUUCUGUAUGGUUACUAUGUUCAGUGCUAGUUCUCAAUUGAUUCCUGUGGCCAUUUUGUUAUUUAAUAUCUUCACUAUUGAUAGCCUUCUAUAUGCUUACAUAACAUUUGUCAAGAGGCCAAUAGCAGAGGCCAAAAGAUCCAUUGGUUUAUGGAAUGACAUUCUUCUAAUUGUGGGAUAUAUUGGAACAGUCAUCAAUUGCUUGACUAUUUAUUAGGCAAAUUAAGAUCAAUUGAACAAUUUGAUUGGAGGAUAAGAUAGCCAAACGAAUAAGGAGACUGUAUGUGUUCAUGGUUAUUUUAGUUUGCACUCAGAAACUUUCUAUUGUUGAUUGCGGCUGAACAUAUAGUGAUUGGAUUAAAAUUUCUAAUCGAAUAAGUAAUACCUGAUGAGCCAGUGUGGGUUACGAAAAUGAUGCAAAGAUAAGAAUAUUUAUAUGAAUAGAUGCUAAAUAAAAUCUAUGACAGUAGUGAAUCAUCUUAAAAAUCCAAGCAUGAUUGA